AUUGUACGGGGCCUUCAUUUCUUAGUUAAAGUAAACAAUAAUAUCCUUCCAUUAUAACGAGUCAAAAAGUUGAUACACACUUUCCAUCUAUUUCAGCCUAUAAAUUUGUACUAUAUAAGAAACCACCUCCAAGACAGACUUCUAUAAUUCAUCCAACAAAGAGCAACUAACAAAGAAAAGCACAUUCAAAAUUACCAAAAACAGUCUCUACAUGGCGACUACUUCCACUUUAUUAAUUCAAGAAUUUAUGGAGAACUUCCACUACUCAAGAAGACUACUCACCAUGGCGCCUCCUCCGGUAGCCGGAAUCAGCCACGAUGCAAUUGAUCCACCACUUGGUCACAAGGUCAACACAAUUGAUGCAAAUGUUAUUAUGGUGUUGGCCGUACUUGUAUGUGCCUUAAUUUGUUCACUUGUUUUGAAUUCCAUCAUAAAGUGUGCAUUUAAGUGCUCUAGCCUAAUAUUGCCAGAUCCAUCCCCAAACCAUACAAACAGCAACCCUUCUUCAGCAAAAUUAACCGAUAGAGGGAUCAAGAAAAAAGCCCUCAAAACAUUUCCAGUUAUAACAUACAGUACUGAAUUGAAACAUCCAGGACUCGAUUCUGAGUGUGUCAUUUGCUUAUCCGAAUUCGGAAUCGGAGAGAAAGUUAAAGUUCUCCCUAAGUGUAACCAUGGAUUCCACGUGAAGUGUAUCGAUAAAUGGCUCAAUUCACACUCUUCUUGUCCUACUUGUAGACACUGCCUCAUCGAGACUUGCCAAAAAAUAGUUAACGGUGGCAAUUCUUCUAGUAAUAAUAUUUCAUCGUCAGCUGCAGCAGUUCAAGAAGUUAUAGUAAGCAUUGAACCUGUCCAACGUGAAGGUGUGAUAUCCAAUUGAUUUACAAUAUAAAUUUGAUAGAAAAAUAGUACUUAGUAUAUAUGUAGACCUUAGUUGAUUGGUACGCUAUAUAUGUAUUUCGUCACACACUCAAAUCAGAUAAGAAGCUUAGAGAGCUAGCAUGAGGCAAAAAUGCCAUUGUAGUUUUCCAAUUAUUCAUUACUCUUGCAAGUGUAUAUACAAAUUAAAUUGCAUUUCUGUUAA